AAUCGAUCAAAAUGGAGCAAAACAAAGUAGAAUUCAAAGGUAUCUUUAAUAUUUCCUAACCACGCUAUCUUAUUAGCUUCGAAGUAGCGUUCGGUAAAGUAUACCCUUCUGGGUAUGGGAUUGCUGCUUGGUCGUUGUUUAUGUAUUUUUGAAUCUCAAAUCAUGGACUAUACUACGUAAGUCUCUUAAUCACUUCCGGACAUGCCAUAGCAGCCAUCCUCCGCUCUACUUGUGAUACUAUACCCCACUCUUUUAGUUACCUUGUUAUACUCAUAGUGGCAUGGCCAGACCCAGAGAUCAAAGUUAGCUAGGGUACUUCCCACUUAUCAAUCUCCGGUACGGUAGGAGCGCCUAUCUGAUCAAAACGCCCAUCAGAUAAAUAAAAGGAUAGGUUAACCACCCCAAGAUCUUUCCCUUUCAUUAAUCCAGCCAGCAUCGUUGCACCUCUCGGCCGAGAAUAUAUAUCUCUCUCUAUAUAUAUCAUUACGUAUAUAUUAGAGUAGAUAAUAGCUCAUCACUUGGCGUGCAUUGCAAUCGCUUAAAUUGCUGAUCGCCGCCUACGCUACCACAGGAUUGCUCGAAUUCAAUAGCCACAAUGAGAGGUCCGCUCGCUCGGUUCACCCACCCUACCGAGGUGCCGGUGGAGGAGAAAUCCAACCCGGCAAACGAUAAGGAAGCUGGCGUCGUCGAUAACCAACCCCGGAAUGGUGAGACUGAUACCGAUGGCGACGCCAUCGACAACAAUGCUCAGGCCGGUGUCCAGAAAAUCGAGGCCACGACCAUGGUCUGGACGAGGUCUAAUCUCAUAUUAGCUUAUGUCUUCAUCUGGAUUAUCUACUUUGUCGACUCUAUGCAACAGGGCAUGGGGUCUCUUUUGACUCCCUAUGUUACUAGCGCGUUUGCCCUGCAUUCGUUGACUGCCACGACAAGCGUCAUGUCUGGUAUCUUCGGCGGUGUUUCGAAGCUCACUCUAGCAAAAAUAUUGGAUAUCUGGGGUCGACCUCAGGGUUUCUUGGUCGUGGUCCUUUUGAUGACCGUCGGACUUGUCAUGAUGGCAGCAUGCAACAACGUUGAGACUUAUGCAGCUGCGCAGGUCUUCUAUUGGGUUGGAUACAAUGGAGUCAGUUACUCCCUCUCUGUUUUCAUCGCCGAUACCUCGCACUUGAAGAACCGAGCCUUAAUGUUGGCGUUCAUCUCGUCUCCCUAUAUCAUAACCGUAUGGAUUACCUCUCCCAUGGCCGACAGCGUCCUAUAUGGUAUUGGCUGGAGAUGGGGAUUCGGAAUUUUCUCCAUCAUUACUCCCAUCAUGUGCCUUCCUCUAUUCUUCUUGUUCACCUGGAACUACCAAAAGGCAAGGAAGGCUGGAUUGGUUAUCAGCACCCCGAGCGGCCGUACAACAUGGGAAUCGAUCAAAUACUACUUCUGGCAGUUUGAUGUCAUCUGCCUCAUUCUUCUCACGGGUGGUUUUGCGCUCUUCCUGCUUCCUUUCAAUAUCUACUCCUACCAGUACUAUGGCUGGAAGGACCCCUUGGUCAUUUGCUUGAUCAUAUUCGGUGGACUGCUUCUCAUCGGAGCUGUGGUCUGGGAACGAUUCUUCGCACCAGUCAAAUUUAUGCCUUGGGAGCUCCUCAAAGAUCGAACUGUCCUUGGAGCUUGCAUUCUUUCUGCUGUUCUCUUCGUCGAAUAUUAUAUCUGGACUGCCUACUUUAGCUCCUUCCUCCAGGUUGUCCUCAACCUCGAUGUAAUCCAAACCGGUUACGUCGGUAAUAUCUACAGUCUUGGAUCGUGUUUCUUUUCCUUCAUAGUGGGUUUUCUGAUCCGCUGGACUGGUCGUUUCAAGUGGAUUACCCUGUACUUCGGUGUACCGGUCACAAUUCUCAGCAUUGGCCUACUUAUUCACUUCCGACAGCCUGGUACCUACCUUGGCUGGAUUAUCAUGUGCGAGAUCCUAUACGCCUUCGCUGGUGGUGCCUGCGUUAUUGGCGAGCAAAUGGCCGUCAUGGCCGCAGCUGCUCACCAACACGUCGCCGUUGUCCUCGCCAUGGAGGGUAUGUUCAGUAGCGUCGGUGGUGCUAUUGGAAGUACUGUUGCCGCCGCCAUCUGGACAGGCGUUUUCCCCAAGGCACUGGCCAAAUACUUGCCUGCGGAGUCUCAGGCAGAUCUUGCAAGUAUCUACAGCCAACUUCCGAUUCAACUCUCGUACCCUGUUGGUUCGGCGACUAGGGAUGCUAUUGUUCUAGCCUACGGUGAUGGCCUAAGGUGGAUGUUCGUCGCUGCUACGGCCAUUACUGUGUUGGGCCUUGUUGCUGUCGCCUUCUGGCGGGAUAUUAAGGUGAAGGACUUCAAGCAGGUCAAGGGUCGUGUGAUUUAGAAUCUAUACAUGAGGCCCGGAGCAUUUGCUUUUCUAGCAAUAAUAUAAAAGGGGUACAGCAUAUGGUUCAACGAGGGGAUUCCGGUAAUGGCAUGGGUUGUGGUGUAUUAAGAACCAGCGGAUGAAAUCUACGUGUAAGAUGAUGCGGCGAUGUAGAUAUGGGAUAUGAUGCCUGUUGGUUCACUGAAUCACGCUCAUCUCAAAUGAUUAAUGUUCAAUAAAGAAGAUGUUUUCUAA